GCACGGUCCCGACCCGCGUGGGCUGAGCUGUGGCUGCAGGUCAUGGGGACCGUGUUUGGAAGGACUCUCUCGGCCCACAGGUGGAACUGGUCCCACCUGUCCGCUAGUGCGGGUGAUGCAGGCGCACCUGCGUGGUGGCCCCACGGGGACAGCUGGUGUCAGGGAAGCCUCCCUGGGGAAGACCAGCUGAGCCUCAGCACAGGGCUGGGACCGGUGGGGAACUACAAGCGGACGGUCAAGCGGAUCGAGGACGGGCACCGCCUGUGCGGCGACCUCAUGAACUGCUUGCACGAGCGGGCACGCAUCGAGAAGGCGUACGCGCAGCAGCUCACCGAGUGGGCCCGGCGCUGGAGGCAGCUUGUGGAGAAGGGGCCCCAGUACGGGACGGUGGAGAAGGCCUGGAUGGCGGUCAUGGCCGAGGCAGAGAGCGUGAGCGAGCUGCACCUGGCGGUGAAGGCCUCGCUGAUGAACGAGGACUUCGAGAAGAUCAAGAACUGGCAGAAGGAGGCCUUCCACAAGCAGAUGAUGGGGGGCUUCAAGGAGACCCGAGAGGCCGAGGACGGCUUUCGGAAGGCGCAGAAGCCCUGGGCCAAGAAGCUGAAAGAGGUGGAGGCGGCAAAGAAAGCCUACCACGCGGCGUGCAAAGAGGAGAAGCUGGCCAUGUCGCGAGAAACCAACAGCAAAGCAGACCCGUCCCUCAACCCCGAGCAGCUUAAGAAACUGCAAGACAAAGUAGAAAAAUGCAAGCAAGACGUUCUUAAGACCAAAGAGAAGUAUGAGAAAUCGCUCAAGGAGCUCGACCAGGGCACCCCCCAGUACAUGGAGAACAUGGAGCAGGUGUUCGAGCAGUGCCAGCAGUUUGAGGAAAAGCGCCUGCGCUUCUUCCGGGAAGUCUUGCUGGAGGUUCAGAAGCACCUAGACCUGUCGAAUGUGGCCAGCUACAAGAACAUUUACCGCGACCUGGAACAGAGCAUCAAAGCCGCCGACGCGGUGGAGGACCUGAGGUGGCUCAGAGCCAACCACGGGCCGGGCAUGUCCAUGAACUGGCCACAGUUUGAGGAUGAAGAGUGGUCCGCGGACCUGAAUCGAACCCUCAGCCGGAGAGAGAAGAAGAAGACGACCGACGGCGUCACCCUGACGGGCAUCAGCCGGACGGGCGAGCAGGCCCCACGCAGCAAGCCCAGCAGUGACCUUAAUGUCCCGAGCAACCCCACACGGUCAGCACAGUCCCUGUCCAGCUACAACCCCUUCGAGGACGAGGACGACACGGGGAGCACCGUCAGUGAGAAGGAGGACAUUAAGGCUAAAAACGUGAGCAGCUGCGAGAAGACGCAGAACUACCCCACCGACUGGUCAGACGACGAGCCCAACAACCCGUUCUCGUCCCCGGACGCCAACGGGGACUCGAACCCGUUCGACGAGGACGCCGCCUCGGGGACGGAGGUGCGGGUGCGCGCCCUCUACGACUACGAGGGCCAGGAGCGCGACGAGCUGAGCUUCAAGGCUGGGGACGAGCUGACCAAGUUGGAGGACGAGGAUGAGCAGGGCUGGUGCAAGGGGCGCUUGGACAGCGGGCAGGUCGGCCUGUACCCCGCCAAUUACGUCGAGGCGAUCCAGUGACGGGCGGCCGGCAGCCGGCGGACAGCGGGGCCGCGGUCCCUGGAGCUCCGUCGGCCCGGGCGGUGCCUCCGGCAGCGUGAGCGCCCGCUCCUCGUCCUGCAGAAGAUGACGGUCCCGUUGCUCUUGGCUUCAUGGUGUCUCUCGAAGGCAGACGAGCCGGUCAUUUCCCCCCCGGGACUCGGCACCCUUCCCGCACGCAGUGCCGACGGGGCGGUCUGAGCGCAGGAGGGCACGGUGCGACAGCGUGCCGCGCUGGCUUCUCCCGGAUCUGCGCGUCCUUGCCCUCGUCCCUCCUCCUCUCCUCGGGGUCCGUGGCGGCUUCUGCUGAUGCUCGCCCUGCCGGUCACUUUCUCCGACGAGUCUCCUCGCCCACGACUCUAAUCAACAAACUCCACGUGCCAUUUGCCGAGUGAAGAUGUUGGGUUCUUAAUUUAAGGCUGUGUACAGUGAUGCUGUUUUGCGCACAUGCUGUUCCUUCAUUUAUGCCUAAAUAGUGGCACAAGUUGGUCCACACCAGUCCCGCGGGGGGGUUAGUCCUGCGGUGGGGAGGUGAGAGAGCGGGAAGGCGGGGGCGCCCGGCUGGAGGUCUCUCGGGAAUGCCCUCCUCGAGGUCGGGACGUAACCUCGUGUCACUCUCCCAGCGUCGCCAUAUUUAAAAGCUAUUUUCAUUCUAUUUGUGUUUAAAACUCUACUCCUGCCAGUUAACAGUUGUGCCAGUGAUUCGGAAGGUUACAACAUGAGCCUGACUUGAAAGCACACGCAUCUGUAGGCGAAGAUGCCUCACGUUAGGCUGUCCUGGCGCGUAUCUGUGUAUAUUAUUUGAUAUUCAGAGAAUCUAAAGAGUUCGUCUACUGUUUGAACAAGAUGGAAUGGCUUUUGACAGUGGGUUUAAUUUGUAAACUGCUAGAAGACUGUGACAUUCGGGCGCAGACCUGGCCGUUGGGCCGGGCCUCCUCUGGGCUCGGGGAUGCGGGCCGGGCCUCUGAUGUGGACACGGAGGUGGGGAGGUGCGCCCUCACUGGCCGGCCGUGCAUCCACCUGCUAACUAGCCUUAGUCCUUCCCGUAGCAGAACACUGUAAAAACCCCCGUGUCCUUCCGGCGGCCGUGGGGCCCGGCACCCUCCUCGAUUCCUCGUGAGCACCCGAGAGCUGGGACUCAGCCUGGAGCAUGGGGGCCCCUUCGAGCGGCCUCCGUCAUCGGGAGCAGACAUGCUGGGCAGGAGCUACACUGUAAUGGCAGGGGAGGGGAGGGGAGGGAGGGGAGGAGGGAAAACCUUUAUUUUGUGUAACUCAGACACCGGUGGGACGGCCACCACCAUCACAAGCUAUGCAUUUUCUGGAUGUUUCCAGGGAGCUUGAGGUCUUGCUUGGAAAGCGGGUGCGUGUGCGUUUCGUCAGGAAGACUUACCAGCAGAAAUCUUGGUUCCUGUGCUACAGAUUUACCAAAAAUUGUCAAGUCUUUUCAGUUAGGAGUUUCUUUAAAUACAUAGUAUUUUAGAACAAGAAAAAAAUCAAUAAACAGUCGAUCUCGUGAG